AUGGUCGCGGAGAUCGUCAGUGGACUCGAGUACUCAAAGAAGGUUCUUACUGAGGUUGGGGAGGCAAUCGCCAAGACCCGCGAACACCAUCCACAUUUUGAAUCUGUUUUGGCAAUUGUACAGGUCGGCAAUCGUUCGGACUCAAAUGUUUACAUCAAUGCAAAACUCAAAAAAGCCAAAGAAGUUGGAGCCAAUGGAAAACUGAUCAAGCUUCCCGAUACCAUCACACAGGGAGAUUUGAAGCGAGAAAUUAUGGCUUUGAACCACGACAACAACGUUGAUGGUAUCAUUGUUCAGCUCCCACUUGACUGCAAACACGAUAUCGACUCUGACUACAUCAUCGACCUCAUCGACCCAUUAAAAGAUGUUGAUGGUCUCACACGUAUCAACGCUGGACGAUUGGCCCGCGGAGAACUCCAGAGAACUAUCUUCCCAUGCACCCCAUAUGGAUGUCUCUACCUGGUUCAGCAAGCCACUGGAAAUCCAAAUUUCGUUUCGGGCAAGGAAGUCGUUGUUCUUGGAAGAUCAAAAAUCGUUGGAUCUCCAGCCGCUGCUCUUUUCCUCUGGUACCAUGGAACUGUGACUAUCUGUCAUUCGAAAACCCCAAACAUCAAGGAGAAGUGCUUGAGAGCUGAUAUCCUGAUAGUCGCUAUUGGAAGAAAGCACUAUGUCAAAGCUGAUUGGAUCAAACCAGGAGCAUUCGUCAUUGACUGCGGAAUCAACGUCGGAGACGAUCCAACAUCUCGCAAGAUAUAUGGAGACGUGGACACAGAAGCCGCGAAGGAAGUGGCUGGAUACUUGACUCCAGUUCCAGGAGGUGUUGGUCCAAUGACUGUCGCUAUGCUGAUUCGCAACACCUAUGAACAGGCCAAAAGAAGACGUCUUCCAGGAAAGGAAUCCAAUUAA